UGAUUUUACAGUAUCUUUCGGAUUACCAUGUCUUCUUCUUUGAUUCUAGUGGUGCUGGUGGUGGUGCUUGUUGGGAUUUCUGAGUCCAUUGAGGCUGAUUCUCCAACGAUAACCUCUUCUCCAAGUCCAGAGAUUCUGAAGUCUGUUAACUUGAAACAUUUCGAACCUCAAAUUUGGAAAAUGCCAAAGAUUGUAGAUGCAUUCAAAGCUGUAAUGUCACGUGAACAUGAACCACGUGAUAUCUUAAAGAGCUCCAGGGAUAUUUUAAUGAACAAGACAACUGAAAGCCUAAUUGCUAUUAAAAAGAAAGCCGAGGCGGGUACGUAUCAGGAGCAGCUGCUCAAUUACCUGCAGAAUGAGUUGAGUCAGUUCGGUCUUGGUGUGCCCCUGGACUUGGCCUUCUCCACCUUGAACUACAUAUGCAGCACCAUCGUGGAUCUCGGAGUGUUGAGAUCCAAAGUAAUACCGGAUAUGUCGCGCAUGAGUUUUCUGCUCCGUUCGACUGAUGAUUGCGAGAACACCAGUAUUCCACUGACGCAGGCGGAACGGUUGUGGAAUACUAAAGGAUUUUACAAGGAUCGACCCACUGUCUUGUUCAUCACCGGCUGGAAAUCGAGCAUUAAUAAUUCCAAUAGUGGCCCCGUGACCAAAGCCUAUCGUUGUCGCAAUGAUACCAAUGUUUUGGUUCUAGAUGCCGCCAACUUCAUAGACACCCUGUAUACAUGGUCCGCCCUGAACACCGAGGCUAUUGGAGCCUAUCUGGCCACGGCGCUCCUCCGGCUGGAUACGAGCUAUGUGACCAAACGGUUCCAUUUGGUGGGUCACAGCCUGGGCGCCCAGAUAGCCGGCUCAACGGGCAGAAACUAUCGGCAAAUGUCGGGCGGACAAAUCCUGCACAGAAUCACCGGACUGGAUCCGGCCAAUCCAUGUUUUUACGACGGCAACGAUCUGGAGGGUCUGCGAAGUGGCGAUGCCCGAUUUGUGGACAUCAUCCACACGAAUCCCGGCAUGCUGGGCACAUCGAAGCGGGCCGGAGAUGCGGACUUCUUUGUCCAGGGACGGAUACCCUUCAAGCCGGGCUGUGAGGAGCUCGAUCCGAUGAGCUGUUCGCACCAGAGGGCUGUGGAUUACUGGACGGAAACGUUGUAUCCGUCCAAUGAGAAUGACUUUCUGGCCAAGCGAUGUAAACGCUAUUCGGAACUGCUGCUCGGAAACGAUUGCAAGGACACGGACACCGUGAUGGGCUAUGCCGCCAAGCCCACGGAUCUGGGACUGUUCUACGUGGCCGCCAAUCCAGUGCAGCCCUAUGGCCCAAAUGCCAAUCUUCAGAGCUACACCAACUCCUCAACGGAAUGUGGAGCUUGUGCAUGAAUAUAUAUAUGUAUAUGCAUUUAUAUUUAAAAAAUUUUAACAAUUUUUAAAAGAUUUUAAUUUAAAAAAGAAACGCAAUAAAAACUGUAAUGUGCAGCCAA